UAGGCGUGGGCCUGAAGCACGUGGGAGGGCGCUGGCAGGACUGACGGCCUCCGUCUCGAGAUCUGGUCUCCUCGGCUUGGCCCACUCCUGGCUUCCGGGCCCGCAGACACCACCGCCUGCCUCCUGCACCUACAAGCGGGAGGACGACGCGCCAGCUGCUGCCGGCCUCCCGGCGUGCCCAUGAUCACCCUGUGCCUUUCGACUCUGCGAGGCCUCCACAGAGAAAGAUGUAUCAUGCAGACCCAUAGUGUAGCUGAAAGUGAGCAAUGCCAUGGAUAACGGCCUAAGGAGUUCUGUGUGAGCUGGUGGCUCCAGGCUUCAGCUGACAAUGACACUGGGAAAGGAGCUGGCUUCUCCUCUUCAAGCUAUGUCUUCCUACACUGCGGCUGGCAGGAAUGUUCUCAGAUGGGACCUUUCUCCAGAGCAGAUCAAGACGAGGACAGAGCAGCUCAUAGCACAGACCAAGCAGGUGUACGACACCGUGGGGACAAUCGCCCUGAAAGAAGUAACUUAUGAGAACUGUCUGCAGGUGCUGGCUGACAUAGAAGUGACGUACAUAGUGGAAAGGACCAUGCUGGACUUCCCUCAGCACGUGUCAUCUGACAGAGAAGUGCGGGCUGCAAGCACAGAAGCAGACAAAAGGCUUUCUCGUUUUGAUAUUGAGAUGAGCAUGAGAGAAGAUGUGUUUCAGAGAAUUGUUCAUUUACAAGAAACAUGCGAUUUGGAGAAGAUAAAGCCUGAAGCCAGGCGAUACUUGGAAAAGUCAAUUAAAAUGGGAAAAAGGAAUGGACUCCAUCUUUCAGAACACAUAAGAAAUGAAAUCAAAUCAAUGAAGAAGAGAAUGAGUGAGCUAUGCAUUGACUUCAACAAGAACCUCAAUGAGGACGACACUUCCCUUGUAUUCUCCAAGGCUGAACUUGGUGCUCUUCCUGAUGACUUCAUUGACAGUUUAGAAAAAACAGAUGAAGACAAGUACAAAGUUACCUUAAAGUAUCCUCACUACUUCCCUGUCAUGAAGAAAUGCUGUGUCCCUGAAACUCGAAGGAAGAUGGAAAUGGCUUUUCAUACCAGGUGCAAACAGGAAAACACCGCAAUUCUGCAACAGCUCCUCCCGCUGCGAGCUCAAGUGGCCAAGCUGCUGGGCUAUAACACCCAUGCUGACUUUGUCCUUGAACUGAACACUGCGAAGAGCACCAGCCGCGUGGCCGCCUUUCUAGAUGAUUUAAGCCAGAAAUUGAAACCCUUGGGUGAGGCAGAACGGGAGUUUAUUUUGAGCCUGAAGAAGAAGGAAUGUGAAGAGCGAGGUUUUGAAUACGACGGGAAGAUCAAUGCAUGGGACCUCCAUUACUACAUGACACAGACAGAGGAGCUCAAGUACUCGGUGGACCAGGAGUCCCUUAAGGAGUACUUCCCCAUUGAGGUGGUCACGGAAGGCUUGCUAAGCAUCUACCAGGAGCUGCUGGGACUUUCAUUUGAACAAGUGCCCGAUGCUCAUGUUUGGAAUAAGAGCGUUUCACUUUACACUGUGAAGGAUAAAGCUACAGGAGAGGUCCUGGGGCAGUUCUACCUGGACCUCUAUCCAAGGGAAGGAAAAUACAACCAUGCAGCCUGCUUCGGUCUCCAGCCAGGCUGCCUUCUCCCUGAUGGCAGUCGGAUGAUGUCUGUGGCCGCCCUGGUGGUCAACUUCUCUCAGCCUGUAGCAGGUCGGCCCUCUCUCCUGAGACAUGAUGAAGUGCGGACUUACUUCCACGAGUUCGGUCACGUCAUGCAUCAGAUCUGUGCGCAGACUGACUUUGCACGAUUCAGUGGAACAAACGUGGAAACUGACUUUGUAGAGGUGCCAUCACAAAUGCUUGAAAACUGGGUGUGGGACGUUGAUUCCCUGCGAAAACUGUCAAAGCAUUAUAAAGAUGGACACCCUAUCACAGACGAGCUGCUCGAGAAGCUUGUUGCUUCUAGGCUGGUCAACACAGGUCUUCUGACGCUGCGCCAAAUUGUUUUGAGCAAAGUUGACCAAUCUCUCCAUACCAAUGCGACUCUGGAUGCCGCGAGCGAAUACGCUAAAUACUGCACAGAAAUUCUGGGAGUUGCAGCUACGCCAGGCACAAAUAUGCCAGCUACUUUUGGACACUUGGCAGGAGGGUAUGAUGGCCAAUAUUAUGGAUAUCUUUGGAGUGAAGUGUUUUCCAUGGACAUGUUUCACAGCUGUUUUAAAAAAGAGGGGAUCAUGAAUCCAGAGGUUUCUUUGUACGUUUUCUGUGGGAGGCAUCCUUUUUCUGUGGCCAGCGUACUCCACCUACUACAGAGUUGGAAUGAAAUACAGAAACUUAAUCCUGAAGCCUGGGGGGUCCCUGGACGGCAUGGACAUGCUCCAGAAUUUCUUGCAACGUGAGCCAAACCAAAAAGCAUUCCUAAUGAGUCGAGGCCUGAAUGGUUCGUAAGCCAGGGAUCCUGGGAGUUGUCCAUGUCUGGAGGACAAGUCAACACUGUCAUGUGGUGCCGGCCUGGAGACUGAAGAGAGUUUUACAAAAGAAAACUUAGAUUUCUAUUGAUUUGCUUUUGUUUUUUAAUUUUAAAAAUUAUACAGAUGUAAAUGGAAUUAUAAAUACUGUGACCUAAGGAAAGACCAACUAAAAAUAAUUGUACUAUAAAGUUUCAUAAAAAUGGAUUUGAUUUCUUUUGAUAAAAGUUUCAUAUGAAUGUAAUUUGAUUUUUUUUACAGUUAUAAUCCAGAUAAUAUAAUGUAAGAGGGCUAAGACAUUUUAAAUUGAAUCACAUACAUGAUAUAAUUUGAUCCUUCUUAUAUCUUGAAGUUUUAUACUUGCGAUCUCUGGACUGAUAAAUGAAUCACCACAUUCUCUCUGGUAAAUAUUUCCUCCGAGCCCUGUGUCAACCUUGACCCUCUGCCUCAGAGCUAGGCGACAGUCUGCCUGCGUGUGUCAAGGCCAGCACAACAUGUUUCAGUAGUGUUUGUCUUUUGUAGUGAGCUUCAUGAUUCUUAGUUUCCUAUCACAAUUAUAUUCCUCCUCUUGGAUAAUUUUUUUAAAUUUUAUUUUAACUAGUUAUAUGUGUGUGUGUGUGUGUGUGUGUGUUUUGUGUCUUACACUAGAAGCUCAAAUGUCAACUCUUCUGUUGCAGUCACAGUGAGAAAAGCAGGUAAAGUGAGAGGAAUUCAGGUAUCCUUUGGGUUCCCAUUCCUUUUAGUACUCGCUGUGUAUUUUGCUUAUAUUUUUUAUUUUGUUUGUUUGAGGUACCAUCUCACCAUGGAGCCAGAUUGGCCCAGAACUCGAGGUAAUUCCCCUGCUUCAGCUUCCCAAGCCUUAAGACCCAGGCGUGAGCCACUACACUCAGCUCAGUUCUCUUGUUUCUAAUCGGGAUUCUGACCUUGCCUCCCAGAAAGUGACAGUGGACCCUGUAGUCACAGUGUGUUGAAGUGCCAGGGGCAGAACUAAGUUUUUUUUUUUUUUGGUUCUUUUUAUCAGAGCUGGGGACUGAACCCAGGGCCUUGCGCUUCGUAGGCAAGCGCUCUACCACUGAGCUAAAUCCCCAACCCCCAGAACUAAGCUUUUAACACUCCAGAAGAGAGUGGGUUGGAGUGGAGCGUUGGAGAGCGGCUGCUCCCAGUGUUCUGUGGGCAGCUGAGCUGUGGGGAAGGCUCCUCAGCAGCCUGCUUCGUAUGGAGACUGUUAAGUGAGCCUCCAGAUCUCUAACUCCUUUUAUUAGGUCUAAGUUUCCAGAGCAGCAACAGGGCAGUGAGCUCACAGCACUAGUGUAGCUCUGGGAGUCUACUCACAAAGGAAACCGGGUGGGAUUCUGGAGAAAAUGUCGGUGAACUGUGACCGCACUUUCCACUGACCUUUGAGCUGUUUCACAUACCUGAAGAAUGACUUUGCUGGCAGGCAGCGAAAUUAGAGCCUGUCUGUUUGUUAGACCAAGUGGACUUUGUGUUAAAUAAAAUAUUAUGUCAUGUAAUAAAGUUAUACAGAGUACCAAGAGCUGUGCACAGCAGGGAAGCCCUUUGUUCGUGUAGUUUGAUUUGAUUUUUGCAGUGCUGGGCAUUCAAACCUCCAGCUUCUUCACCCAUGCCGGCAAGUGCUGUGCUCGCCCCAGCUGUUUUUAUGGUGGUGGUAGAAACCUCUGGAAGAUUCUAGAUUCUCACAUCUGUCCCCACCCCCAUUUUUUCUACUUUCAGACAAAAAAAAACAACUCUCUUCAGCUUUCUCUAGUAUUGCCCAGAAUGUCUCUUUCAAAAUGACUUCUGUCAUAAAUCUGACUUUCCUUGGGAAAGCUAAUAGCCAGUGUGUGAAAGACUGCACACAAUAAAGUUGCAUCAUUGUCCACGAGAA